UUGAAAGGCCAAUAUAUCUGGCCAAACCCACAUCUGCACUCUCUCCCACACAAACCUUUCACUUCACUCGUGCAUGGGUUCGCAUGUUAAUCUUAUGCAUGUUAAUCUUAUGAUUGCUGGCAUAAGAAACUGAUUCGGUCUCUGUCAGAAGCAGCAACCUCAUCAGUACCCGAUAAGACCAAGUCAUAGCCCCGGCCGUGGUUAUCCUGCUAAUGGGAAUAACAUGGAUUAAUUAUACUGGUCGUCGUCCCGAUUGAAGACAUGAGGGAAACUCCACAAUUCAUGUAUGGAGUAGUCCUUGAUGCAGGCUCGUCCCAUACUACCAUGUACAUCUACAAGUGGCCGUCUGAUAAACAAAAUGGCACUGGCAUUGUCACUCAGCACAGUGAGUGUCAUGUUAAGGGAGGAGGGAUAUCCAGCUAUGCAGGGGAACGAGGGGGUGCAGGGAGCAGUCUUGAACCCUGUCUGAAACAGACUUUGCAGGACAUCCCCAAAUCCAGACACCGCCUCACUCCUGUGUAUCUGGGAGCCACGGCGGUAUAUCCAACUCCACCGAGUCAGAGCAAAUACUGAAGGACGUAGGCAGCAAAUUGCGUACUUAUCCUUUUGACUUCAGAGCGGUGACCAUCUUGAGUGGACAGGAGGAGGGAGCAUAUGGCUGGGUCACUGUCAACUACCUGUUAGAGAACUUUAUCAAGGUGAAGUUUUCACAGUUUCAGAACCGGUAUCAGAGCUAUUCAAGAACACUGAGGAAUGAAUGUUAAGCAGUGUUGGCCAUGUUGAAGAAUGAUGAAUUAGAAACAUUGGUUUGUUUUCAUUGUUUCUCAAGACAAACUGGCGCCCUUGUCAUUUCCUUCUCAUUCUUUCUUUUGUCACUGACUUAGUCCUGGCAGAGAUACAGUGGGUGCUCUGGACUUCGGAGGCGCCUCCACUAAGAUUACCUUUGAGACCACAGAC